AGGGUAAGUGCGAGACAAAAGCAGAGGAGCAGCGUCCUCCAGCAGGCGUGCCCCCCUGGCGGAGGGGGAUGCUGCCGUGCCGAGGUGAUGCAACCGGCCGGGGAGGGGGCCGGGAUCCGGCGGCUGCUGCCGACACAGCUGACAUCCGAAACCGAUGCUGCCUGCUCCAUGAAGCCUUGGGAUUACAGCUACCGUGCCGGCGGGCUGCUCAGCCGUCACCUAUGACUUUCCAUCGGACCUUUACUCAUUUAUCCCAGUGAAGCAGACGGGACAAGCUCGGAUUGAACUGUAAAUGUAUCGACAGCAGAGAGCCCAGUAUGAAGAAGACAGUCCGGCCAGUGGUGAGUAAGGUGGGUGGAGAGAGAGGGAAGACGGAGGCUACGGCUGCAGUAGGUACUGGAAAGGCUGCAGCCAAGACCACCACCACAGCAGCUCUCUCUAAGGUGAAAAGCAACGAUGAUCUGUUAGCAGCAAUGGCUGGAAGUGUUACUACAGCUAGUAGUGGUGUUACAAAGACGAAGAGGACCGCCUCCACUGGGACCAGUGCAAGCACCACAGACAGCAAGCCAAAGACAACAUCAGGUAGCUCAGCAAAGCGGACAACAUCCUCAGCUUCCAAGGAGCCAAACUCAUCACGAGACCGUCUGCGGACAUCCAGGAUCUCAGCCAGCAAGAAGCAGUUGGUGUCAGGGACUGCACAGGGAGAUGUGGCCUCAGGGAAGCGCUCACGCAGCCAGGUCUUAGCAGAGUCUGAGGGCCGCAUGAGUAAGUCGAAAUCAGAUGGCCAGAUCAGUGACAAAGUGGCUCUUGAGGCCAAAGUCAAAGACCUGCUGGGUUUGGCUAAGAGCAAAGAUGUGGAGAUUCUGCACCUCCGUAGUGAGCUGAGGGACAUGAGGGCCCAGCUUGGCCUGGGAGGGAAAGAGGCACCACCACAGGAAGGAGCUGGGGAGGAAGAGAAGCCCCAGGUUUCGGCCAUCACAGCAGCUGAUGUGGAGUCCACCCUGCUCCUCCUGCAGGAGCAGAACCAGGCGAUCAGAGAGGAACUCAACCUGCUGAAGAGUGAGAACCGGAUGCUCAAGGACCGGCUCAAUGCUCUGGGCUUCUCCCUGGAGCAGAGGUUAGAUGGCUCUGACAAGCUCUUCAACUACCCUUCACUGAGCCCAGACCUAGCAGCCGGCAGUGGCCAAAGUGAUGGUGCAGGCACAGGUACGCUGACCUCCUCAGUAGAGGGUUCUGCUCCAGGCUCAUUGGAGGAUCUACUGACGGGCCACCAGCAUGGAGGCUCAGCAGACAACCUGGACAGUGAAUCCAGUGAGGUCUACCAGGCCGUCACCUCCAGUGAUGAUGCUCUGGAUGCCCCCUCUGGAGCCUCCUCUUCCUCUGAGUCGGAAAGUGCGCCCAGCAGAGAGCGCUCGCGGAGGGGCAGCAGUGGCAAUGCCAGUGAAGUGUCCGUGGCCUGUCUGACAGAGCGCAUUCACCAGAUGGAAGAGAACCAGCACAGCACAGCUGAGGAGCUCCAGGCCACACUGCAGGAGCUAGCAGACCUGCAGCAGAUCACCCAGGAGCUGAACGGGGAGAACGAGCGGCUAGGCGAGGAGAAGGUAAUCCUCAUGGACUCCCUGUGCCAGCAGAGCGACAAGUUGGAGCUCUAUGGCCGACAGAUCGAGUACCUACGCUCUUUGUUAGACGAACACCAUGUGUCCUAUGUGCUGGAGGAGGACAUCAAGAGCGGCCGCUACCUGGAGCUGGAACAGCGCUAUGUGGACCUGGCAGAUAACGCUCGCUUUGAGAGAGAGCAGCUUCUUGGGGUACAACAGCACCUCUCAAACACACUGAAGAUGGCUGAGCAGGACAAUGCCGAGGCCCAAGAAAUGAUCGGAGCUCUGAAAGAGAGGAACCACCACAUGGAGCGCAUCAUGGAAUCAGAAAGACAGGACCGGGCCGCCAUGGAAGCAGCCCUCGAAGAGUACAAGGCGGCUGUGAGCAAUGACCAGGCGGAGCUGAGCCGCUGCAGAGCCCAGCUGGACCAGGAGAGGCAGAAAGUAGCUGAGCUGUACUCCAUUCACAAUGCUGGGGACAAAAAUGACAUCUGCCAGCUGCUGGAAGGAGUGCGGCUCGACAAAGAGGAGUCUGAGGCCAAGGCUGCGAAGUUGCAGGAGGAGCUGGCACAUGCCCACAACGAUAUCGCUAGACUGCAGGAGACUUUCAGCAAGCUGGAUAGGGAGUACAGAGACUUCCAAGAGCAGGUGCAGCAGCAGAUGGCAGAGCAGGAGCGAGGACUGGAGAAGCGGCGUGUGGAACUGCAGGAAAAAGAGACAGAGAUCGCUGAUAUGAAGGAAACCAUCUUUGAACUGGAGGAUGAGGUGGAGCAGCACCGAGCCGUCAAACUCCAUGACAACCUCAUCAUCACAGACCUGGAGAACUCUGUGAAGAAGCUGCAGGACCAGAAACACGACAUGGAGCGAGAGAUCAAGAUUCUUCACCGAAGACUCAGGGAGGAGUCACUCGAGUGGCGUCAGUUCCAGGCUGAUCUGCAAACGGCUGUUGUCAUCGCUAAUGACAUCAAGUCGGAAGCACAGGAGGAGAUUGGGGACCUGCGGCGCCGGCUGCAGGAAGCCCAGGAGAAGAAUGAGAAACUGAGCAAGGAGCUGGACGAGGUCAAGAGCCGCAAGCAGGAGGAGGAGAGAGGCAGGGUGUAUAAUUAUAUGAAUGCCGUGGAGAGGGACCUGGCAGCUCUGAGGCAGGGGAUGGGUCUCAGCCGACGUUCUUCCACUUCCUCAGAGCCCUCACCCACGGUCAAAACGCUCAUCAAAAGCUUCGACAGUGCCUCACAAGGUACCCCACCCUGCCAGUGUCCACCGUCCAAUGGUGCCACUGUGGCUCCAACAGCCCCCGCUGCCCCGCUGCCACGCACCCCCCUCAGUCCCAGCCCUCUGAAGACCCCCCCAGCUGCUGCCGUGUCACCCAUACAGAGACACUCCAUAACUGGCUCAAUGUCAGCAGCCAAGCCUCUCUCCUCUCUGAGUGACAAGAGGCCCAGCUACACAGACAUCGCCAUGCCAGCUGAGCAUCUUCUCAGGGGAACCUCGGCUAGCCGCCCUCCAUCUGUCCUCCAGAGGGUCUCCAACAUGGAUUCCACAAAGUCAAUCUCAGUGUCCCGCCGGAGCAGCGAGGAGAUAAAGAGGGACAUGUCAGCUCCAGACGGGGCCUCCUCCUCCUCCCUGAUGGCCAUGGGCGGCGCCUCGUCCCAGCUGUCCCUGUCCUCCUCCUCUCCCACCGCCUCCGUCACUCCCACAGCACGCAGCCGCCUACGAGAAGAGAGGAAGGAUCCUCUGUCAGCGCUGGCCAGAGAGUACGGAGGCUCUAAGAGAAACGCCCUGCUGAAGUGGUGCCAGAAGAAGACUGAGGGCUACCAGAAUAUUGAUAUCACGAACUUCAGCAGCAGCUGGAACGAUGGCCUUGCGUUCUGCGCUGUGCUCCACACCUACCUCCCCGCUCAUAUUCCCUACCAGGAGCUCACCAGCCAAGAGAAGAGGAGAAACUUUACCUUAGCUUUCCAAGCUGCAGAGAGCGUGGGCAUCAAAUCCACUUUGGACAUCAACGAGAUGGUGCACACGGAGAGGCCGGACUGGCAAAGUGUCAUGACCUACGUCACCGCCAUCUACAAAUACUUUGAGACCUGACCGCACUGCCGCCCCGCUCCUUCAGCACAAUCAGAGCCAAGCCAGCUUUCCUGAGUUCUCAGCAACACCUCAGCCCCACUUUCAGCUGUUUAUACCUCACUUGGCUGAGUCACCCCCCACCCCCUCCUCCAAAAAAAAAAAAAAAAAAAAAAAAACCCAGCAAUACCCAAUCA